GGCCACAGCCCACACUUAUCAUGGCAACCAAGGAACUAGACUUGAUGGCGCAUCUUUUGGAGACGUCACAGCGACGGUAGUUUCCCAUUGGUUCGCGCCUGUGAGUCCCGCCAUUGAAUGAAGUGACCGUUGCUUCAGAGAGAGCUGUAUCGAAGACGCUACUUUUUAGAGUACUACUAUCAGUUUGGCGGGAAUAUCCAACCGGAAUAUGGCUACUGCUACACCAAGCCGUUCGGGGACCUCGUCUAUGCAAUCUCCUGCCCGGGGAACAUCUACCCCUCUUUCACCAACUCGCAUAUCUAGGCUUCAGGAGAAGGAGGAGUUGAGGCACCUUAAUGACCGGCUGGCCGUCUAUAUAGACCGCGUGCGCUCAUUGGAACUGGAGAAUGACCGGCUUAUGGUGAAGAUUUCCGAAAAGGAGGAGGUUACCACUCGGGAGGUUAGUGGCAUAAAGAACUUGUACGAAUCAGAGCUUGCUGAUGCUCGUAAGGUUUUGGAUGAAACAGCCAGAGAGAGAGCCCGUUUGCAAAUAGAGUUGGGAAAAUUCCGAUCAGAUCUUGAUGAGCUCACAAAAAACUACAAAAAAAAAGAUGCUGACCUGUCAACGGCACAGGGGCGUAUUAGAGAUUUGGAAGCUCUCUUUCACCGUAGUGAGGCAGAACUUGGAACUGCACUGGGUGAGAAGCGCAGUCUGGAGGCAGAGGUAGCAGAUCUUCGUGCCCAGCUUUCCAAGGCUGAAGAUGCCCAUGCUGUUGCAAAGAAACAGCUGGAAAAGGAGACCUUAAUGAGAGUUGACUUUGAAAAUCGCAUCCAGAGUUUGCAGGAGGAGAUGGACUUUAGAAAGAAUAUUUAUGAGGAGGAGUCCCGUGAAACAAGGAAGCGUCAUGAACGCCGUAUAGUAGAAGUGGACAGGGGCCAUCAGUAUGACUAUGACUCCAAAUUGGCACAGGCAUUGGAUGAACUCCGAAAACAACAUGAUGAGCAAGUGAAGAUGUACAAGGAAGAACUAGAACAAACCUAUCAGGCCAAGCUUGACAACAUCAAACGUUCUUCUGACCACAAUGAUAAAGCUGCCAACACUGCCCGAGAAGAGCUAACUGAGGCACGCAUGAGAAUUGAAACACUUAGUUACCAACUGUCAGGCCUGCAGAAACAGGCAAAUGCUGCAGAAGAUCGUAUACGUGAGUUAGAACAGUUGCUAAGCAGUGAUCGUGAUAAAUAUCGUAAGCUUUUGGACUCCAAAGAAAAAGAGAUGGCUGAAAUGAGGGACCAGAUGCAGCAGCAAUUAACAGAGUACCAAGAGUUGCUUGAUGUCAAACUUGCACUUGAUAUGGAGAUAAAUGCUUACCGCAAACUGCUGGAAGGAGAAGAGGAAAGGUUAAAGCUUUCUCCGAGCCCCCAAUCACGAGUCACUGUCUCCAGAGCUACUUCCAGUAGCUCUUCUGCUACGCGUACCUCAAGGAGCAAAAGGAAGCGUGUUGAAGAGGAAUAUGAAGAAGGUGGGGCAGGCACAGGCUUGCAUACUGGCACUUCCCUUGGUUUAAGCCACAUCACUGCCAGUGAGGGCUCUAGCCGCACUGUUACUAGUGGCCAGGGCAGUAGCACUCGAUUUCACUUAUCCCAGCAGGCUUCAGCUACGGGAAGUAUCAGUAUUGAGGAGAUUGAUUUGGAAGGAAAAUAUGUCCACCUGAAAAAUAACUCCGACAAGGACCAGUCUCUGGGUAACUGGAGGUUGAAAAGAAAAAUUGGAGAGGAGGAGGAAAUUGUUUACAAAUUCACUCCUAAAUAUGUGCUAAAAGCAGGCCAGUCUGUUAAGAUCUACAGCGCUGAUGCUGGUGUGGCUCACAGCCCCCCUUCCAUUUUAGUGUGGAAGAACCAGAGUACCUGGGGUACAGGCAGCAACAUUAGAACAUACCUGGUUAACACUGAAGAGGAGGAAGUAGCUGUGAGAACUGUUACAAAGUCUAUCUUAAGAAAUGUAGAGGAAGAAGAGGAUGAAGAAGCAGACUUUGGUGAGGAAGAUCUCUUUCACCAGCAGGGUGAUCCAAGAACAACAUCCAGAGGCUGCUCUGUCAUGUAAACAACAUUCAUAAGUUCCUCCAUCUUGUUCACUUCCAGAGCCAUUGAAAUCUAUUUUUAUAUGCAGGUUCAGGUUAUGUCUUCUGUAUUUUAUGCCUUUCAUUUGUUAAGCAUGGGCUUAAGGGAAAAUGAAGAGUUGCCUAAUGCCAGAAAUAACUGCAAAGUUUUUUUAUUUUUUAUUUUCACUUGUAGUGGUCAAAAAGAGUCCUGCUAUGUGUUUUAGCAUUUAAGUUGUAAUAUGGCACAAUUUUACCUAUUCAUAGAAGACAAAGGUUUUAAUGAUUACUGAGAAUGUGCUGCAUGAAUCAUGUUGAGUUUAACAUAUGAGGUGGCUGUUUGUAACACUAACGUUUGACUUUUAUACAGAGUUGGAUAAAAAUUGGCUGUUUAGUAGUCCAUACUAAAGGCGAUGUACAGAUGUAACACAGGAAUGUAACCAUGUUAAUUAUUUAGGCAGUUUAACAAUGCAAUCACUUGCAGUAAGCUAGUCUUUUCUUUGCAGUAAGCUAUCCUUUUUUCAUAGAAACAAAGGAUUAUUAAGACCUGUCCUUGAUUAACAUUUAGGCACAUGUUGCCUAUAGGUGCACAAUACCUUGUCACUGUUCAGCCAAUUCCCACUUCACACAGUCUAUGGCAAUCAAUUACCUCAUAUAGCAUCUACCCACUGAGUAACAAAUCUCACUGUGGUAAUGCUACUAAAGGACAGUUAAUCAAACAUGGUCAGGAGCCCAAUUUGGAAACAUUAGAAACAAUUCGAAACAUUUGUUUCUAAAACAGGCCAUUAUAAUAUUUGGUACAUUUACUGAACAUGCAGUAUUUCUAAUUAUGAAUGGGUUGCUAUUAAAAUUGCAAGGUGGAUUUCAACAUUGCAGGAAAACAGAAUCUUGCUUCUGUCCUUCAAAUCACUGUUUAUAUACUUGAGAAUGCAGGAGAGUACAGUAAAGCACCAAAAAACAUUUUGUACAAGGGGUGCAUUUUUAAUAACACAUUUCAUGUUUGCAAGAUUUCAUCUUAUUUGUUUUUCAUUCAUUUAUUUCAUUUGAAGGAUCAUUUUUGUUUUUUCUACAUUGACAUAGUUUUGUGUUUUAAAUACUGACACUCCAGAUUUGCACAGGAUUAGCUUUCUAAAUCUUAAAUAUAAAUAAAUAAAAACAGAAAAAAGAAAAGAAACGACAUUGCACUACAUUAAUUUUCUAAAACUGAUCCCAUUUUUUAUUUAUUAAUAAUCUGUCAUUGGCACAAAUGAGGAAUGGUGUUUGUUUGGGGUUGAUGCUGGGGAAUUUGCCCGCUCCACACCUAGUUUCACUACUCAGAAUGUAGCUGUGCUGCUGAGACACAGGUCAGUGAUGGGACUGGGAAGGCAGGGGUUCACUUCUGGUAAACGAUAGUAGUAAGGGGGAAGCUUUUUUUUUUUUUUUUUUUUUUUUAUAAUAAAAAUCAUGUUCUAUAUUUAAAGUUCAAACUUGUCAUAACUUUAAAGGUACAGUAUAUACCCAUUUAUCAGCAUUAGUUCAUUCAAGAGGAUUUAUGCUGAACAUACAUUUAAUCUGUUAUAUGGUUCUUUUAGUCUAUAUUAUAUUCUUGCACUCAACUAAAACCUGAAAUUUAGUGAAGCUACAUUCGUCUGUUUGAUUUUUACAAUGAAAAAAAUAAGCAGGACAGGAAGUGUGCCCUCUUCUAACCAAACCUCAAACUGCUCAUUAUACAAAGGGCUCAAAGUAUGUUUAGCACAAGCCCUAUUCAUUAAUUCAGUAAUUAUUAAAAAGGUCCUAUAUUACCUCUAUAAAUAGUACACUGCCAUUCAUUUUUGUAACCAGAUAAGUAAAACAAUAUAUUUUUUCCAUAGUUAAAAACUAGUUUCUAUAGAAGCCAAUAUAAUACGUAAUAUAGUAACCAAGUAUUAAAUUAGUUGGUGGUUUUUUUUUUUUGUUUUUUUAUUUAAUUCCGGUUUUGUAGAUGCUUUUUUUUUUUCUGCUUACAUCUGCACGUGAAUAGUGUUAUAUCUACUGCACUGCCAGAAGUCCUGCUGUUCAAAACUUCAGCAUGGGGCAGAGAAGUUAUUUAGCUUUAUAAACCAAUGAAGAGUGUUCUCUUUGUUGUGCGUACAAAAAAUUAUUUGGGGUGCUGCAUGCUAAAGCUGCUGAAUUUACAGAAAUAGUUUUACAGAUUUAUUACUGUACUGGAUCUAGCUCUAGCUGUGGUGAUUAUGAAGUCAAAUCUAAAGUUUUUGAUAUUUACUAUUUUAACACUGACAGACCAUUACUUUUCAGUGGCAGAGAGGCAAUUCAUAUUUAUGUAGCAUUUUUUGAUUUUAAAAAGUAGCCCCUUAGUUGCUUUGUCUUUCGUAAACUUUGCACCUUGCUUAAGCUGAAUAUUAUACAAGAACUGAUAGAAAAAUGGAAAACAUCCACCUUAAAUUGUUACUUGUUAAAUGCCUGUGGUUUUUGCAUAAAAAUAUGAAGGGUAGAUUGAAAUGCUCAACAGUUGAGCAUUUGAGCAAAAAAACAUUACAAUAUGUCCUGGGAAAACUCAUUCUGGCUUAAGUCAAAGUGUAAUUCUUUUUUAGUAAUACGUUUACUUUGUGGCUUCUCACCUGCAAAUACAUAAAGCCGUGAAUGUAUUGCCGUACAUUUCACGGCUGUUUUGACAGUACACCUAAUAACACAAACUGAGGUGUAUAGCAAAGUUUUUGAGCCUAAUCCUUUGUUAUAGAAGUUGUUGGCUACAUUAUAUGCACACUGGAUAUUUGUUUCUUUUUUUGUUUGGAAACAUCUAAAGCUCUAAUUCCUUUUAAGGAUGCAGUCCUUAUUUCCCCUACAUGAACACCUGCUGCACAAAUGUGACAUCGGUAUAUGUAUUUAAUGGAGUACCCCUAUCCAAAAACCAAUUAAAGUUGUCUUUGAAAACUUAUGUUAGUUUUUAAUAUUCAAAAUUUAUAUAACUGUGUAUUAUAAAUCCUGAGCGUCUGUUAUAUUGACCCUUUCAAGAUAUAAGCAAAAUAAAGGCAGGGCUCUUUCUGUGGAAUGCUUUCUACACCAGUACAUUGUUCAAUGGGACCUAAUAUGAGGCUGCAUCCUUUUUAGGGCACAUAGGCACACUGAUUUUAUUUCACUGUGAAUGAAGCAAAAACUGUGAUACUGCUUUAUUUCUAUACAUAAUUUUAAAGAAGCUCUGUAUACGUUUUUAUAUAAUUGAAUUUUUAAAUAUAACUUUGGCUUAAGCCUGAAUGUUUCCCUAUGCUUUCAGUGAUGUCAAACUUUCUCAGAUAUUUUUACUUUAGAGCAGUUUAUUUCAUAGCAAAAAGUGGUGAGAACCAGAGGGUUUUUGUGCUUUGUGUUUUUUUUGCAAAUAUAAUCUAAACUAUACCUGUUUUAUGUAAACUGUAAGUGAAAUUGUAUAAUCGUUUAUGGUCUUGAUAAGAAAGUAUGAAACUUAACAAAAGAAAAAAAAAAAUAGUUGACAGCCCUUACAAAGUCCAGACCCUUCAGCUAACUAAACUACUGAGGAUGCUUGUAAGCAGAGAAAGUUUUUCCAGAAUUGCACAAUAUAAAGUGACUUUAAGGGUUGUGACACACAAGGAGAUUAGUUGUGCCGCAACAAAUCUCCCUUGUCGUGGGUGACAAAUCUCCCCGCAAUGCCAUCCCCCGGCUAGAAUGUAAAUUGCCAGUGGGAUGGCAUACGCGGUGCCACGAUUUGCUGAAGUUUCCUCUCAAGGCAACUUUGGCAAAUCGCAUUGCCGCGUAUGCCAUCUGACCGGCGAUUUACAUUCUAGCCAGUGGGAUGGGAAAUUAGUCACACGCGACAAGGGAGAUUUGUUGCGUGGCGACUAAUCUCCCCAUGUGUCACAGCCCUAAAAGUGAUUGUUAAGAGUGUUUAGCUUUUUUUUUUUUCUCUCUCUCCCUAUUUCCACUGUCUUACCCCAGACUGGCAGGUAAUUUCAACUUAAAAUAUUUUCUUUAAUUGGAGCUCUUGGUACAGAUCAUUUUGGAGAUGCUAUACUGUAUUGACUUUAUACCCAGACUUAAGUCCUGUUUAACGGGAGUAACCUUUGUAGUAAUUGUGUAAGUAGUGUGUAAUAUUGUCCACACUCAUACAUCUUAGACUAAAAGCUAAGAUGAUAUAGAUAUAUAUUAUAUAUUUUACACACUUUUUUUUUUUUUUUUUUUAACUUUAUUUGAACUGAAUAAACUUGAGCUCAAAUUACCCAUAUAUGUUCUUUGUAUUUUUUUUUUUAUACUUUGAUUUAACUUUAGAAUAAUCCUUUUCUAUGCCGUAUAGCUCUCCCCUACAUGUUUCUGUAAUUUAAGUGUCAUUUCACACAUUUUAGUUUUUUGUUUUUUUUUUUCCCCCUUUACAUCUAAAGGUUUUAUUGUUUAUCAAGAAGCUAAUAAAGCAUUAGCAAUCUGCCAGAAUACUUAAUAGUAAUCAGUGUAUUAUGAAAAAAUAUAAUCUGCCUACAAAUAAAUUACAUUUGUAUACAGAUGUUUUGUGUAUUACACGCUAACACAGAUUAUGGUAUAGUUUCAUACUUUCUUUAAUAAGACCGACUAAGAUUUCUUAUUGAUUACAACUACACUUAGACAUAUUUUCAAAGCCUUCAUAUUAAAAGUGUGAUUUAGGCAAAAAAAAUUCAUAGUAAAUCUAGAUAUUACUCGUGUUUAUUAAAUGUAUGCAUGCCAAAUGUGUCUCCUUUUUUCAGUUAUUUGUAAUAUGUGUUAAGACUGGAAAAAAGACUUUUUGUACAACACUUACCAAUAAACAUGUUUUUGCAUUA